GCCAUGCACUUCGUCACAUAACACAUUACACGUGCGGCACAUGUUAAAACUGUGAAACGGGUGGAAACUUUAAAACAGUUGCAUUGGUUUGCAUUGAUCUUCGGGCUUGGCAUGAAGUCGAAAAAAAAGUUUACUUCCAGAAAGAAGCGGGGACCGCGCCAGCGAAAGAAGGACCACUCCGACGAUGAUGACACUAACGCCGAUCAAGACGGCUUCGACAGCAUCUAUGUGGACGAGGCCGAGAGAAAGGACUUUGACAGCAUGCGGCAAGACGCAGCGACUGUCGGCAAGAAAAAGUCCGGUGGAUUUCAGUCAAUGGGUUUGAGUCCUCCCAUUCUAAAAGGCGUCUUGAAACGGGGCUACCAGAUUCCCACACCGAUCCAGCGGAAGACGAUCCCUGUGAUCCUGGAAGGCCGGGACGUGGUGGCCAUGGCCAGGACUGGGAGUGGCAAGACGGCUGCCUUCCUGGUGCCCAUCCUGGACAAGCUGAAGGCCCGCUCCCUGCAGGCGGGUGCAAGGGCCCUGGUGUUGUCGCCUACCAGAGAGCUGGCCCUGCAGACGCACAAGUUCGCGAAAGAGCUGGGCAAGUUCACGGACCUCAAGUCUACGGUGAUCCUGGGCGGAGACAACAUGGAGGAUCAGUUUGAGGCCAUCCACGAGAAUCCGGAUGUUCUGAUUGCUACGCCUGGCCGGUUUCUUCACAUCGUCAUGGAGAUGGACCUCAAGCUGAGCUCCAUCAAGUAUGUUGUCUUUGACGAAGCUGACCGGCUUUUUGAAAUGGGUUUCCAGGAGCAGCUGAACGAAAUCCUUCAUCGGCUUCCUGAGAAUCGGCAGACGCUACUUUUCUCAGCCACACUGCCGCGUAUGCUGGUCGACUUUGCACGUGCCGGUCUCAACGAGCCGGUUCUAGUUCGCCUCGAUGUCGAGUCUCAGCUCAGCGACCUCCUCAAGACGGUGUACCUGAUGUGCAGAACGAAUGACAAGGCGGCAAUUUUGCUGCACCUGCUCAAGCACGUCGUCAAACCUGACGAGCUCACCCUCGUCUUUGUGGCCACACGCCACCACGCGGAGUACCUGAGAGACAUCCUCGAGAGGGCGGACGUCCCCUGCACGCAAGUGUACAGCAGCCUAGACCAGGCGGCCCGCAAGAUUAACGUCUCCAAGUUUCGGGCGCGCCAGGUUCCUGUGAUGCUCGUCACGGACGUGGCUGCCCGGGGAAUCGACAUCCCGCUCCUGGACAACGUCAUCAACCACAGCUUCCCUCCCAAGGCCAAGCUCUUCGUCCACCGCGUCGGCCGAGUGGCGCGUGCGGGUCGGAGUGGCACGGCCUAUUCGCUGGUGGCCCCCGACGAAGCACCUUACCUCCUGGACCUGCAUCUCUUCCUGGGACGGCCGAUGCAGUUCACAAGUGCAGCCUCCCAAGCGCCGGAAAGUGGACUGUGCGGAAAAGUACCACAGAUGGUGAUCGAUGAGGAAGCGGAGAUGCUCCGCGUGCUCCACGAACAGAACUCUGACCUGCAAAACAUGGAGCGGGUGUGCAGCAACGCCAUGAUCCAGUACCUCAAGUCGCGCCCGCCACCUUCGAGCGAGUCAGCCAAGCGCAUGAAGCAGUUUCUCAAAGAGGACAUCGCCCCUCAUCCUGUGUUCAGAGCCAAAUCUGCGGAUGAAGAUGUGAGGGCCAGCCUGUUGCAGGGGAUGAAGAGGUUCAAGCCACCGAGCACCAUCUUCGAGAUUGGGAACACCGGGAAGAGCGAUGCCUUCUCCGUGAUGAAGAAGAAGCGGCAGAAACACGACAAACUCAUCGAGCGCAUCUCGUCCCAAGCGGCAUCCAAGUCCCAAGAGAACACCGGCCCCGCACCAAAGACGGAAGGCAGCCAAGAAGCCGUCAUGGCGGAAGAGGAAGACAUCGAGAGUGCCUUCGCGACGGUCAUCGGCAGUCGCAAGAGCCAAAAGCGGAAAAAGCGGGGCGAAAACUCUGGUUCCGAAGCUUCGCCGGAGAAAAAGAAAAAGGCAAAGCCAGACUCUUUCAAAGAUGAGGAGUUUUACAUCCCCCACUUCUCCUCGGACUUCCACUCUGAAAAGGGGCUAGAACUCGAGAAGACGUUUGAGCAGCAGGCUUCUCAAGCUGUGCUAGAUUUGACUGCAGAUGAUGAAAAAAUGCUACAGAAACAAAAAAGCACCAUGAAGUGGGAUCGCAAGAAGAAGAGGUUUGUGCGAGAGGGAAAUGACGACCCCAAGAAAAAGAAGAUUCGCACCGAGAGCGGGGCAUGGAUUCCUGCUUCCUACAAGUCGGACGUCUACAAACAGUGGAAGCGGAAAUCACAGGUGGACGCGAGAGACGACGAGGACGAAGACAGUGGGGGCCUUGGGAAGCAGAAGGUGGCUGCCUGUGAUCGGCUGGGAAAGAAGCAUCGCGGCGGAGCCAAACAAAAGGGACCCAGGAAGCAGUUCAAGAGGGAGCUCAAAACCAAGGACGAGAUCCUCAAGGCGAGGCAGCGCAAGGCUCGCCUCAACUUCCACGUCAAGAAAAAACACGGAGAACGGUCCAAGAGACGCAAGAAGUGAGGGCACGUUUAGGCCUCCCAGACCCUUCGCAAAUAAAUGUUCUCACAACCCUAA